AUGGAAGGGGCACGAGCAGCCGCUCGUGGGCGUGCUCCUCGUUCCAUCUCUGCCGCCGUCAGGUCAAACCGCGUGGUGCAGAUUCCUACCGUGGGGCGCCACUCCGUUACUUCCGCUGUUGACACGAAGGUUGAAACAGCGUCUAGAGAAGAUGAUAAGCCUGUGGAAGAUGUAGUCGCGUUGCAGUGUUUGCUCCAGGAGCAAGUGGCGCAGGUGGAACGGCUAGAGGCGCUCCUUAGUGAGAAACAGCUUAUCAAGCGCUAUGACGAGGCUCAUGAGAGCCGUAUGCGCCAAUACGAUGAGCAGCUGGGGAUGCUAGCAGCACUGGUGAAGGGGGACUCCACGAAGACAGCGGCGAAGAAGAAGAAGAGCGAUGAUAAGUUGGAGAAAGGUGCGGGUCCCAAAUGCGCCGUGUCAGUACAGGAAAUUAUGGACGGUGUUCAGGAGUUGUGGUAUAAGAAGAAACACAUGGAGGGCGAGCUUGCAAAGCGCGAGCGAGCGUUAGAGGUUGCUCGUGCGGAGCUUAAAGAGGCGCAAGCUUGCGCCAGAGCAGGCGAGUUGUCAUUGAGAGAAAGCAAGCCCACAUCCAGUCAAGCGGCCCCACCAAUGGUGGAGAGAGAUGCUGUUUCAGCACUCGAGCAGAAGCUGGCGGAGAUGGAGAAGAAGUACAACCGCACAGAGGAAAAGCUCACUAGUUACCAGGCAGAGUAUCGUGUAAUGCGGCAGACACUGCGAGAUCGAGAGAAGGAGCUUCUUGAGUUGCAACGCAAGCACCGAGAGGCUGUGUCAGCCAGCUCAAAAAAUCAACAGCUUUCUGUACAGUGGAAGGGAGCAAGUAAGUACGUUUCGACGCGACACCGUCGCUUUUUUCGUGGUGCUGAGUGGGUACGACUUCUGCAGAAUAAACCAGAUGCGAUGCGGUGCGCCUUUCUAACGGAUGCGUCGCUGGAGCUAUGUGCACCGCACGGGUUUAUCUCCAUUGUGGAGAUGCAUCAGGGGCCUGAUGUUGUCGCUGUUGAAGUGGAUGUGCGCCGCCCCGCCGGUCUCCGCGAGGAGGUGGUGGGGGUUCAGCUGAUGGAGUGCCCCUUUGUGGCCAUGACGCAGCUGCUGCAGCGCCUGGACGCGCCAAAGGAAGGAUGGGAUUUGGUUCAGGAAGAGCUGCACAACUCGCAGCGGGCCCUCGCGGCGAAGGAGGAAGAGCUCGCGGCGCUGCAGAAACAGCUGCGGCGUAUGGAGUCGUCGUUGGACCGGCAAAAUGACCACCACGAAGCGGACAGACGCAUAGUGAACGAAGCACUCGAUGAAACGGAAGAGACCGUCAAAGUAAUGUACGGCGAAAUUGAGAGGCAGCGGGCGAAGGAGAAGGAGCUGCAUGUUCAACUCCAGCAGCUCACAGGGACACUUGCGGAGCGGGACAAGACUGUCGCUGAGCUUACGGCACGGCUUCAGGAAAUCGCCGCCGAGGCAAAGCGCCAAGAAGAGCAGGCCGCUGCGAACCUCAAUGAGGCACGCCGCCGAGCCUCCGCUGAGCUUCGCGACGCCGAAACAAAGCGGCGGCAAGAGGUGGCCGCAGUUCGGCAGCAGCAACAACAGCUGCUUCGCAAAGCAGUAGAAGCACCACCGAUUGUGACGCGGUCACUUUCAAUAAAGUGGAGUGACCACGGCGAGCUGGGAGCCAUGCCGCACGACGCAACGAGCAACGACAUUUUGCGUGCCCUCUUGCUCGGCGAAGUGGCGGCCGCGGCAAAAGCUGUACCGGUGAAUGUCCUCUCCCUCACCUUCAAAGGCCAGGAACUGCAGGCAGAAGUGCAGCUGCAGUUAAGCUCAUCUCCUGUUGGUUCAACGCGAGUGACGGAAAGCGAGGAGAGGGUGACGGCCCCUACGACCGCGCUCUUCCUGCAGGAGUGGCGCGAUAUGAAGGGGCUUGUGGAGAGUCGAAACCGGGAGAUUCAACGCCUUGCGCAGGAGCUGAAGACAGCGGGUGAGGAGGUGGAGGGUCUGCGUGCCGUCAACACACGUGUCGCAGCGAACACCGAAGCGCAGCUUCGGGAACUGGAGGCGCAACUUCAUGGGGAGCGCGAACGUGCGCAGGCUAUGGCGGUGAGUCAGGCUGCGCUGACGGAGGAGCUCUCGCGAGUAGGGGAUGCGCUGGUCACGGAGGAUGCGACACUGUCGCUCGCAGAGCGCGCAGGUCGGCUGACGGCAAAAGUUGCUGCGACGGAGAAGUCACUGGUAACGGUUGAUCGACAGUACCGCUGUGAGCGAGCGCGGGCCCACACAUUGGAGACACGGCUGCGUGAGGAAGAGAGUGGGAAGCAGCACCUCGCGGAGAUGCUGCAGCAGGCGAAGCAGGAUCUAGAGAGGGCCACCGAGGCACUCGAGGCACUUGAUGGCGAGCAGAGGCGGCUCGCUCAGGAUGCCGCCGCCGCCGCCGCGAACCACGAGACCCUGCGCGUGCAGGCGGCGAGGGUGACAGAGUUGCAGGCGGCACGGCGACAUGGGGGCCAGCGUCGCCGACUCUCUGGUGAGGCUGCAGCAACUGACACGAGAGCACAGACGGCAGGAAAAGAGGAGGAGAAUAAUGACGUCAUCACCGCGUUGCGUUGCGCGUAUGAGGAGUACGAUGAGGUGUGUGAUAGACAUGAGAGCAAUGCACGGCAGUGGCGCAUGGCAGAGAAGGCGUUCCGCGAAAAGCUACGGGAACAUGAGGCCGACUGCGAGCAGCUGCGUUCACAGCUUGCCACACUGCAGAAGGAAUUGCAGGAAAGGGAACUCGCGAGUGCGGCGGCGGAGACGAGCCACCAGCGCAGCGAAGCCGAGCGCGACGGACUCCUAAACCACAUUCGGCAGGAGACGCAGCUGCUCUCCAAGCGACUUGCGAAGAAUGACGCGCUACAGCGCGAGACGGAGGCAGCAAAGAAGGCGCUUGAAGGGCGUGUUGUGGAGCUUAUGCAGCGGUGCGAGGCAUGCGAGGCGGGGCGGAAGCAGCUGCAGGAGGUCGCGGCGCGGCUUGAGAAGGACCGCGUUGGCCUGCAGAACACGGUGACUGAGCUGCAGACCGAAAUGAACAGAAGAAACCAACGGGCGGAUGAGUUGGUGAAACAGCUAGUGCAAGAAGAGGACGCGCGCCGUGCCCUCGAGGGCGAGGUGAUGAAGCUGCGUCGUUCUAAAACGGCGUCCUCUGCUGCUUCAGGAACGGCAAGUGCGUCUGAAGUCCAGCGACUGCGUCAAUUCUGCACGCAGACGCUGUCUGUGCCGUUGACGGAAAAGGAGCAGACGGUCGGCGACAUUAUCGCCUUCGUUGAGCAGCACCUCGGAAACGCGGCGGAGAAAGGGCAGAAACGCGGCAAUGCGGCAGAGAAGGAGCAGCUGGCGGCGGCACUUCUGUCGAUGAGUACGGCGGCGCAGCUGCUGAAGCAGUGCGUCUCCGCGACCGAGGAGCAAGUGCAGAGUCCCAUACGCAGGACGCGGGCAUCGGCAGGGGCUGGUAGUGCCUUGCGCUCGUUUGGUCGCUCACUCAGUUAUAGCAGCGGCAUUGCUCCGCCGUCGUUGUCCGCACGCGUGCCGCGUCCAAUCACCAGAAAGACCGCCACGCCGUCCCCACUUACCCGGACGGCAAGUGCGUAUCCACAGCCACGGCAGUUAGAGCAACAGCAGGGAAUGCUGAACGCGAAGCCACCUGUGUUGGCUUCUAGUGCUGCGGAGGUCGUGUACUUUGCGCAGCUGCUUGCCAGCGUUGUGGCGCACUGGCGAGAGAACGAGCGGAACAAUACAGUGCGCCUAGACGAACUGUCGAAGAAGUGCCGCGACCUGUCGGAGGAGCUUGGCCGUGCAAAUGACGCUCUGGUUGAAAAGCAGCAGCCCGGCAAGAAUACAAAGGCUGCGGCACAAGAAGACGAGGGUGAAGACUUCCUGCGGCAUAGCCGCGCUCACGCGCUUUCUGUUGCGCUGUCGGUGAAGGAUCAUCUGCACGACGCGAGGGCCGCCCUCCAACCUGUGUUGGACGCCAUCCAUGAGUCCACUGGGGCCGCGCGUGACAGCUUUGCUGUUGACCCCACGCACGACCUGCACAUGGCGGAAGAAUGCAUCCUGUACGCGCUGAAGCGAAUUGUGCAGUCCGCGGGUGCCGUUUUCUCGUCGCGGGAACGCCGCGAGAUUGAGGCGAAGCGUGGUGGCGAUUACUUCACGAUGCCCGUGUCGUGGUGCGCCGGCGCAUCACCGCUGCGGCGCCCGCACUCGCCGCAGCCCCGCUCCCCCCAGAAUCAGAAACAACAGCAACACACCGGUGGUGGCGCUUUGGUGCCACGUGACGUGAAUUUGUCGUCGUCACCGUCCGCCUCUCGGGAAAAGAUGCGGGAGGCGUCGCUCGACGCCGCUGGUGGCGCGGAUUACCGGCGCCACAGGAACCGCGAGGACCAGGAGGUGAUACAGCAGGCUCUCAGGGAGGCGCGUCGGCGCAACCGGUGA